GAACAAAAGAACACCACUCUCCGUCGCAGCGAUCGCUACUCUGUACCAUAACGAUCCAAAAUAACAUUGAGUUUGAGUUUGGAGCAAAGGCCUUGGCACUUCAACUUUUGCACUAGUUUUAAAGAAAAAGAUAAAAGAAAUGGCCCUAGACAUCUCCAUUUUCGAAACCAUACACCCCUCCCGCUUCCUCUCCUUCACCAUCCCCAACCCUGAUCCUUCUCUUUCUUCUCCACUCAUCCGAAUAGCCAUCCUCGACUCUCCUCUCCACCCGUCCACCCCCUCCUCUUCCUCCCUUUCUGCUCCAAAUGUCGCCGCCAUGUUCGUCCCCAAACACCGCGAGUCCGACUGGCUCUUCUCCACCGAGUCCGGCCACCUGCAACUCCUCCUCUCCUCCCCCAACAUCCAACGCCUCAUAUUAAUCGGACAGCAAGCCAUCGUGGACGACCCUAAUUCACCUUCCAUCUACCGUCGUCCCAUCGAUUCCGAUUGUUUAAACAACCUCGAAAUGGCGCUUAAGCCACUGGUAAUUGCUUUGUCUCCUAAAGAUUACUUUAAAUAUGGAAAUUUGGAAGUACCAAUCUUGAGUUAUGAAGAUAAUGUUAUUUCUAGCGUAGUUUUAGAGAAAUGUGUUGGGAACUUUGUCGGUGAAAUGAUUGUUGAAGAUGUUGAGAUAGAAAGUACUAAUCAAAAAAGGGAAUUUCGGAGGAGAUUGAGGUUUAAAAGGAUGCCUAAUUUGGUUCAGACGGAGAUUCGAAUUGUGCCCAGGACGGUUUAUUGUUUGGAUUCAGUAGAAAUAGGAGGGAAUGAUAAUGUAGAGUUUAGCCCUGAUUUGGGGGUUUUGGUGCAUGUUUAUUUGGUGCCAAUGGUGGCUAGUCUUGCUUUGGUUGGCUCAUGGAUGGAUGAGCGUUUUCAGCUUGGAUUUAGGCCGAAAGCUUUGUGUCUUGGGGUUGGAGGUGGUGCUCUGGUUGGGUUUUUGAAAACACAAUUGGAUUUUCAGGUUGUUGGUGUUGAGGCUGAUGAGGAGGUGUUGAGGGUUGCACAAAAGUAUUUUGGAUUGGAGGAUGGGGAUUUUAUUCAGAUUUGUGUCAGAGAUGGUAUGGAACUUAUGGAGAAACUUGCUCGUGGAGAUAGUUAUUGCGAAGGAGCUGCUCAUAUUGAUCCUCAAUUUGAUGUUAUUAUGGUUGAUUUGGAUUCUAGUGAUCUGAGCAAUGGUGUUAGUGCUCCCCCCUUGGAAUUUGUUAGGAAGGACGUUCUUUUGGCUGCUAGAUCACUUCUUUGUGAAUCUGGAAUUUUUGUUAUUAAUGUGAUCCCUCCAAGUAGGUUGUUUUAUGAGAGGUUGGUACAUGAUUUUCAGGAGGUUUUUCCUGAGUUAUAUGAAAUAGAUGUUGGAAAUGGAGAGAACUUUGUUCUAAUAGCUAAGACUUUGCCUACUGCAUCUUCGAUUAGUGAUUGUGAAAAUAAUUUUCUUAAAAAACUGAGACUCGCAAUUUCAGGAGCAUAUAUGGAAUCCAUGAAGAGAAUUUGAGGUGCAAUGUCUACUGGAAACAAUGAAUCUGCUGGUUCUGAUUGAGCAAUAUGAAUUUUUUAAGAUUGUAUUCAA